UGUGAGGGAUUUUCUCUCUAAAUCCGUCUCCUGUUCGCUAAAUCUCACUUCACUGAAACGAGCCUGCGCAAUGGAACAAAGUCGGAAUAUUGAGAUGUGACAUUGCCUGCACCUCAUCCUCUUCCUCGCUGUUUUUUUAAUGACUUCAAACAUAUUCCUCUUUGCUGGGCUUUGGCGCGCUGAGAGACCCACGGGGAUGUUUAACGGAUACUUCUUUCAGUGGCAACUGUGUGAUGUCUUCAAGUGUAAAAUGUGCUGUAUCUCCUGCACGCACACCCUCUCUCUGGUGCUGUGCGUUCUGACCCUCACCCCGGUGGUGACAGCAGGCGCUGAGACGCUUUGUGGGGCUGAGCUGGUGGACACCCUGCAGUUUGUGUGUGGAGACAGAGGCUUUUAUUUCAGUAAACCGACAGGCUAUGGAUCCAGCUCCAGACGCUCACACAAUCGAGGCAUAGUGGACGAGUGCUGCUUCCAGAGCUGUGAGCUACGGAGGCUGGAGAUGUACUGCGCGCCGGUGAAACCGGGCAAGGCCGCCCGCUCCGUCAGGGCACAGCGCCACACGGACAUACCAAAAACCCAGAAGAAGCAAAUGUCCGGUAAUAGUCACCCAUCCUGUAAGGAGGUGCAUCAGAAGAACUCCAGUCGAGGGAACACGGGGGGCAGAAAUUAUCGGAUGUAGAACUAAGCCAAGAGUGACGGAUAGAACGAAUAACAUGCUGGGGGAAGCAAAAAGGACAGAUUGAUGGUGGAAGACGGGAGGCAUGUUUUGUUUUAAGUGGGAGGUAGAAGGGGCUUGUGUCAGCCCCAGGUGGGCUGUCAAAGCAAAAACUAGACCUAGGGGUAAAUCAAAAUGUAGAGGGAGAGAUUAAUUUAAACAAUUCUUCAUAUAAACUGGGAGAAAGUAAGAUGAGAGUUAAGGCCAAACAAUACACUGAGCCAGUGUAACUGCAAAGAUUGGCAAAACAAACAGUUCCAUGGCAUUAUACUGUUGUAGAAUGUGUGCACCAGGAGGACAAGGGAUCAGAAGGUUUUGGACUUUCUUGUGCCCAAGACAAACCAGCUCCUGGCACACCUCUUAAAGACCUCAAACCUAUACCAGGGUAAACCUGAAUUUGAUCAAUCUGCAUAAUAUUGCCAUUGAACAAGUCUACACCUGCACCAGAUGGUUCACAUUCAGUGUUUAUAAACUUUGAUUAACCAUGUGAAACACCCAAUACCCCAGCAAAAAUGCAAUUAUUCACAAUACAAAUACUCAAUGAACAUAUUCACAGGCUUACAACAAGGAUACUGUUUGGAUAAUCAUUAAAUGUGGAAACAGUUUGGAGUUUAAAUAAGGGUCUCCCCAUACUUCUGUGACAAUAAUACAUUUACUAUGGCAUAACAGUAAUGUGGUAAGUAUGUUGUGUCCACAAGGCAGUUCCAAAGAGAGGCCAGAAAGGCUUUCUAUCUUCAAUGUGUUUCAGAAAGCCAGACUUGGUGUCCACUCUCCGGGAGAUUUCAUCAGGCCAGACUUGAAGGCAGAUGUCUGCAUCUUAGUGCAAAUUAGAUUGCAAUUGCAACUGGAAGGGUUAUGAAAAUAGACACCUAAAAAUUAGUCAUAGCCCCAAAUGCUUGGGCCAUCUAGAAAGUGAAGUUGCAGUUGGUGAGAUAUGGUCCGCAAAGAAUCCUGUGAUAUGAUUGGUGCUCCCAACAUUUAGAUAAGUUCCUCAUUUCACUCCUCCCCGUGACUUGACCUCCUCUUGUGCUCCAGUUCUGAUCCCCACAUUUGGCACUAGCAUUGCUAGAUUGUACAUAUGGAGAUUUCAUAAGAAGUAUACUACUUCAAAGGUGUGCUAACAUAAUUAUAUUCCAAUAUUGCAAUGCCUUUUCUAAAAAAAAAAAGAAAUAAAUUGGUUAAAUCUCAAACCAUGAGAUUGAAAAAAAGUUAAAUCUCAUGCCAUGAUCUAGGGCUGUGUAUUAAAAUGGUAUUACAUGAAUGAGAUUUUGCACAGUAAAAUGUAGUUUUACUCCCCAUUUUAUGAGUGAGAAUGUAUACUAGCUACGUAGGUGGUUAGCUAGCUGGUGUAAUCCGGCCAAGCAACAAGGUUAGUCUCAUAGCACCAAACAAAUGUAGACUGCAAUGGAGUGGAGGUCGUUGGUUUCCUACCAAGUUAUUGUUGGACACACACAUACUGUUGGUGUGAUGUGUUAUAAUGUUGAGCCUUUAGGUUUGCUGCUAGCUACAAACAAUAAUACUGUAAAUUAUGCUUUUUAAAACCUCCAAUUGGGGCCAUACUCAUACGAGACUGUACAAGACUAUUGGCUUAUUAGCAAAGAACUUCCUCAAAUGUUUGGACAGACCUAUCUUUCGUCAGAGUAUCAAGUUGGUCUGGCCCAUAGUACAAGUAAGGAACCUGACAAAUGACAAUACCCAGAGGCAGAAAUUAUAUGAUUGAUUGCACUUUUUCAUUGAGUGAAGGCAAAGGAUUGAUUUGCAUUCUUAUAUUCUGCAAGUAUAUGGAGGAUCCUUUAUUUUCUAGAUAACAGAUGCUUUUGAACAUAAAUAGCAACAGCAACCAAACCAAAGUACUCUCACACGCAUAAACUAUACAUAACACAAGGUUCUUGUCUCACAUGCAAAAGCAUGCAUAUUCACACCGUAUUGCAACUCAGAACACAAUUUUGUGCACAAUCGGACACUCACCAUAGCGCAAAACAAAACUAAUAGUGGGCAAGUUUCAUGCAGCAGCUCGAAAAGCCCUCUUUGAGAACAACCUGAUCUGGCUCACUUCCCAAGUAUUUCCAAGUGUUGCAGCAGUUUGCACAAUCUGUCACACACUAAAAGUGUGCAAUGUCACAAUAACCUAAGAUUAUAUCACAUCCCAUCACACUGCCUCCUCUGUGCCUGUGUAUAUUCCACCAAUACUACCACUUAAAUUAUUUUAUGCAUUGUUCUACUGUCAUUGUACAUGAUGGUGUCAUAUAGCAAAACUGUAUUAAGAAAUUUUAUCCACUGUAUAAUGGUGCUAUUUUGUAGUGUGUUAUCUGCAAGGGUUGGCUAAAGCAGUGAAAGAAAUGAAGGUGGAGCUGGGGGUCGGAGCUCUUUCCUUUUGCACAGCCGUGUGGCCACGAUUUUUAAGUUUUUUAUUAUUAUUAUUUGUAAGCUAUUUCAAUCAGUUAGUUGUGUAAGUGAGCAAAUGUAUUUCUGUGAAAUCUGUGAAUGCAUGGAAAAACAUAUCUGAUAUGAUCCCAAGAAGGCUAAUUGCCUUUUUUCUACUGUUUGUAAAUUAUUAUUAUUGUUAUUAUUAUUAUUAUUUUAUUAUUAUUAUUAUUAUUAUUAUUCAUAAUUGACCCCUAUGCCAAAUGACUUGACAAAAAGUACUGUGAACUGUAAUCUUAAAUUGUUACCAAGAUCAUAGUCAUAGUAAACUUUUGUCUGUCCUGUAACUCAUGUACUGCAAGAAUCGGUAAUGUUGACUUUAGAAAAUAUAUGUACAACAUGCAACAAGCGUAAUAUGCACUGGAACGUCUCAUUGUCAUGAGAGAUACGGCCAGCAGGACAGCAAUGAAUGGUCCUCCUUGACAAUGAUUUGUUUCUUAGGGCAGCCUGAUCUGAGGUAUGUUUUUCCUGAAGUAACAGAACAGCUGAUUUACGUGGUACUAAAUGCAGCUCACACAUAUUCAGUUUGUUGUGUCGGGUGUUGGUUUCAGACACUGGGAGCCAGUGGAGCUUGGCCUGCCAGUCUGUUUUGUCUCUGUUUAGUUUGUAGUAUGCUUCAGGUGAUAUCUGAUGCUUGUCAAGUCUGGUACAACAAGCUCCAUUUGUUCCUGUCAGAAACACGUUACUCCACACAAAGCUGAGCAAUGCAGGUGUUGUCUGUUGCAUAGCCAAUUAAAAAUAAAAUCUGAGGAAACUUUUUAAAAGUCGCUGUAAGCAGAAUUAUAGGGUUGAAUCAACCGGAUUUCUGCAGGAAUUAUUGCAUUGUUUAUUUGUUUAUUUGAAAAAAAAAGAAGAAGGGUAAAUUCAAAAACAUUUCCACAGCAUAAAAUAAAAUGGUUCUUGAUUUUAAGGAAAUGCAAAAGUGAGAGUUUUGUCUUAAUCAAGCCCUAUGUUAAGAAAAGUGUCUCAAAAGGAAUUUUAAAACUGUCUAUAAAAGGACAGAUGAUUGUUUGAUUAAAGCGCUUAUUAUUAUUGGUGCUCCAUUAUAUUCUGUAGAAAAUGUUUAAAUACUGACAGAUUGUUCACAAUUCCUGCUGAAUAAACCACUUGUCAAUAUUC